AUGGGUUGUAUUCACUUCGAAUCUGCAGAUCAACGGACACUUUCUGUCCACGAGAAACGAAAUGACGAAACAUCCAACACAGUCUUUCAAGAACACGAGGAGCAAGGAGGAAUUCAAGAAGCUUGGUCCGAUAUCAAGAACCGAGGUGGAGGUUGUAUCUCCGGCGAGAGUAGAAACAAGCUUGAGAAGAAGAAGAGCCAAGUGUUGCUGGAAGGUUACGUGGACGCUGCUGCCUCUCAAGAUGAUCUGAUGAGAGGCAAGAGCUUGACGGAUGACGAUCUCGAGGAGCUAAAAGGAUGUUUAGACCUAGGGUUUGGGUUUAGCUACGAAGAGAUCCCUGAGCUCUGCAGCACUUUGCCUGCUUUAGAGCUAUGUUACUCCAUGAGCCAAAAGUACUUAGAUGAUAAACAAAAUCACCACAAAUCGCCGGUAGAAGAGGACUCGCAGCUGCCAGCCACGACCAGUCCAGUUGCUAACUGGAAGAUCUCUAGCCCUGGUGAUAAUCCAGAUGAUGUGAAAGCUAGACUCAAGUACUGGGCACAAACUGUAGCUUGCACUGUCAGAUUGUGUAGCUGA